CUUCCAGCCUUUUAUAGGAGAUGGCCAAGCAAGAUCAAGCUGCAGCUGAGCACGGACCAUACACUGCGGGAGAUACUUCAUUAGACGCACGUUUAACCGGCACUGCAAUCGACCACAGAGGGAGAAAUCACCGCAAGUCAAGAUGUCUAAAGACAAGAAAUCAGGAUUGGACGAAAACGAUCGGAUCCUAGCUGAGAAGGUCUUUGCCCACGAUGCCAAGAAUGAAGAUGAACGAGAUGAGAUCUCUCCAUUUGGAAUACCAGAGGAUUGCCCAAUCGGACACCUUGAGAUGCAGGACAACCUCAUUGACAGAAAGACAAAGGAAUCCAUAGAGAAGAGGAAGAAGCUAACAAUGAAAUCAAAGGCGAUUGAAUCAUCAGUGAAAAUGGUCCAUGUGGCUGAGGAAAUGCAGUCAUCGCCGAACCUGAUGAUGGAGCCAUCAUACGCUGAUGUACCCGAUUUCCAGAGAGUCUCUAUCACUGGAGACUAUGCAUCAGGGGUAACCAUGGACGAUUUUGAAGUUGCCUGCAAGGGUCUGUAUCGAGCUUUGACCAUCCGGGAAAAAUACAUGCGGCUCUCUGUUCAGAGGUUCUUCAGGACCACGUCUCGCUUCUUGCGAACCAUGGAGCACGAACAGUGGAAAGUGGAGGAUGAAGUACAUCCAGUGUAUACUCCACUGAUAAAGGCGGGAGAUGACCCCUUUAAUCCCAAGGGUCUGCCUGAGAAUCUUGGCUACGUGUGUAAGAUGAAAGACGGUAUGAUUUACGUUUAUGCCAACAAUGAAUCAAUCAAGAACAAUGAACCCAAAGACCUGCCUUACCUGGACCUGCCCGGCUUCCUAGACGACAUGAAUUUUCUCAUCGCACUCAUCGCUCAGGGGCCUGUAAAGACGUACACUCACCGGCGUUUAAAGUUUCUUAAUUCGAAGUUUAAUCUGCAUGAGAUGCUGAACGACAUGGAAGAGAUAAAGGAACUGAAGAUUAAUCCUCAUCGAGAUUUCUACAAUGUCAGAAAGGUUGACACCCACAUCCAUGCGGCAGCCUGCAUGAAUCAGAAGCACCUGCUGCGCUUUAUAAAGAAAACUUCGAUGCUGGAUUCCGAUCGUGUGGUCUGCAGCACCAAUGAAGGGAAGCUAACUCUGAAAGAGCUCUUCACCAAGUUGAAGUUGAACGCCUAUGACUUAACCGUUGAUUCCUUGGACGUGCAUGCUGGGCGUCAGACCUUCCAACGUUUUGACAAGUUCAAUGCCAAGUACAAUCCAAUGGGCGCCAGUGAACUCCGAGAUCUGUACCUGAAAACAGAGAACGCCAUAGAAGGAGAAUACUUUGCUCAUAUCAUCAAGGAGGUUGCGUCGGACUUUGAAGACGCCAAGUACCAGUACGCGGAGCCUCGCUUGUCCAUUUACGGGCGGUCGCCGGAUGAGUGGUCAAAGCUGGCCACGUGGUUUAUCAAGCACAGGGUCAUCUCUCCCUACAUGAAGUGGAUGAUUCAGAUCCCCAGAAUCUACGAUAUUUUCAUGGCUCAGAACAUCAUCCCACACUUUGGGAAAAUGCUUGAAAACAUCUUCCUACCACUCUUUGAAGCCACGGUGAACCCUCAAAAUAACAUCAAGCUCAGCAUUUUCCUCAAACAUAUCACGGCCUUUGACAGCGUGGAUGAUGAGUCCAAACACAGUGGACAUAUGUUCUGCACAAAGAGCCCGAAACCCGAGGAAUGGAACGCCCCGAAGAACCCUUCGUACUCCUACUACCUCUGUUACAUGUAUGCUAACAUCAUGGUCCUGAACAACCUGAGGAGGGAGAGAGGGAUGAACACCUUUAUGUUUCGGCCGCACUGUGGAGAAGCUGGGGCAGUGACACACUUACUGGCAGCUUUUAUGACCGCGGACAACAUCUCACAUGGACUUAACCUGAAGAAGAGUCCAGUGCUGCAGUACCUGUACUUUCUGACUCAGAUCCCCAUCGCAAUGUCUCCUCUCAGCAACAACAGCCUUUUCCUGGAGUACGCCAAGAAUCCGCUUCCUGAGUAUCUGAAGAAAGGCUUGAUGGUCUCGCUCUCCACCGACGAUCCCAUGCAGUUCCACUACACCAAGGAGCCCCUGAUGGAGGAAUAUGCUAUUGCAGCACAAGUCUUCAAGCUGACUACCUGCGACAUGUGUGAAAUAGCCCGGAACAGUGUCCUGCAGAGCAGCCUCUCCAAGGAGGAGAAAGCCGACUUCCUUGGCCCUGAUUACCAUAAGGAAGGCCCGGCGGGGAACUACAUCCAAAAGACGAACGUGGCUCAGAUACGGAUGGCUUACCGCUACGAAACACUCAGCUACGAACUGAACCUGAUCAAGGAGGGACUGGAAUGAGAGGACUGUCUGCCGUAGGCAGCAACGUGAAUGAAUCUGUCGUGGACCCUCAUUGAUGCUCGUGCAGCACGCUGCCUGUCCCGCUGAGUUACUCCAGCUUUUUGUGUCCAUCGCCUGUAGUUUUAGUGGUUCGGAGGCAGGAUAAAUGGUUUGUGAUUGCCGCAAAAUGCUGCAGGUACCUGCGACAGUCCGCUGCUUAGCCUUUCAAUGACAAUAGGUGUAUAGUGGGAGGCAGGAAUCCUGCCAACUCAUCGAUUCUCGGCUUCCACUGCAGAUGAGGAAUACAGUAAACCCUGGCGAUGUAUGUUUUUUUUUAAUUAAAAAAAUGUAUUCAAUUAUUAAAAAAUAAUAUUUACACUACAUUAAAACAAGCCAGAACCCACCACCAUAAAACAAUAUAAACAUAUAUUCAUAAUAAACUAUUAUACAAUUAUGAUACAAUCCUUAUUGAGGAUGCAUUCAACACCCAGCGGAGCCCAGCGGUCCUGGAACUCCCUCAGGGUGCCUGUGGACAGGGGGCGGUGUAUGUUGGGAGGAACUGCAGAUGCUGGUUUAUAUGCCAUUGAUAUGUUUUUGCUGCCAUUGCGCAAACGUUUGGUCGUCAGUAAAAUAGUUGUCUUGCGCUACUUAUAUUUUUAGUCCAAUUUUUAAAAAGGAUAGUUUACAGAAUGGUUCUGAACCCCCUCCAUUGUUUGAUUUGACACCUCUUUUCUUUCCCUAUCUGUCUUCCGUCUCCUUAGACAGUCCCUCAGGAUCAAUGGGGAGUGAAUGAAUGCUGUAUUGUCACGUGUGAUGUCACAGUGACUUUCUUUGCUCGCAUACGAAAGGUAUGCAAGUAGUCGCUACAUAAAGGCCACAUAAACUGAGAACGUUUUUUAAAAUAUUUUUAUUAGAAGUAAUGUACUAUAAUAUAUGACAUGAAUAACAUAUUACAUUUCAAGUAUAACUUAUUUUAAAUUUAAUAGUAAAAUAGAAGAGUAAGAAAAGCAAGAAAUAAAGAGAAAGAGAAUAUUUUAUAGCUCGAAAAAGAAAACAAAAAGGUGAUGUGAAAUAAGAAAAAAAAGAAUAGAGAUAUACCUACUUCGUAUCUUUACCCACCUCUCACCCGGUUCUGAAUCAAUUAAUUUCUAAGGUUGCGUUGCACCGCAUGCUUGUAAUAAGUCGAUAAAUGGAGACCAAAUCUUUAAGAAUUGGUCCAAUUUGCCUGAUAGGACAAAUCUCAUACCUUCAAGAUGUAACAUUUCCGACAUGUUUGAAAUCCACAUUUUGAGCGUUGGUGUGGGUGCAUUUGUCCAGAAUUUAAGUAUAAGUUUUUUUGCCGUUAUUAAGCCAUAGUUAAGUAAGCAUUUUUGAAACUAAACUGAGAAAGUUGACAAAGGCACUGUAACAUGUUGUGCAGCCAUUGCUUUGACAGAAUAAAUUCUUUACAUGCACUUUGCUGCUCUUUGUUUCAUUAAAUAAGGAAAGCCGACUGACUUUUGGGUAAUGUCCUGAAAUUGGUCAUCCUCCUCAACUGUUUACAGAUGGGUACAGCCACAGGCGACACCUGCCUACUCCCUUUUCUUCUGGUCACCCAUCUACUCUCUUCCCAGACGCACACCUCCACGUUCUUCCCAGCAGUUAUCAGGCAACUGAACCAUCCUCCCACAACCAGAGAGCAGUGCUGAACUACUAUCUACCACAUCGGUGACCCUCAGACUAUCUUGGAUCAGACUUUGCUGGCUUUACCUUGCACUAAACGUUAUUCCCUUUAUCGUGUGCCUGUACACUGUACAUGGUUCGAUUGUAAUCAUGUAUUAUCUCUCCACUGGCUGGCUAGCAUGCAACAAAAGGUUUUCAUUGUAUCUUGGUACAGGAGACAAUAAACUAAACUGAAACUGAGACAUGAACAGCGACCUCUCACGAGCGAUGUAGUCGAUGUAACCAGGUGUCAAGGGUUCUGGGGAGAAGGCAGAGGAAUGGGGUUAGGAGGAAGAGAUAGGUCAGCCGUGAUUGAAUUGCAGAGUUGACUAGAUAGGGCCGAAUGGCCUAAUUCUGCUCAUAUCACUUAUGACCUUAUGACACCUUUGCUAUGACUCAUCUCAAUGAAGCUCCCAUUUAUCCGAUAGUCCUGAUGUCAUCCAGCUACUGCUCCAGUUCCCUAACGCGGCCUUUAAGGAACUGCAGUUGGCCACAAUUUCCACAAGUGUAGUCAACAGGAGCACCAGCACUUUCCCAGACUUCCCACAUCCUGCAGGGGAAACAUUGACAACUUCUAUACUCAAAUACGUGAAUGACGAAGGCCUACAUCAAGAAUCAAGAGUCAAAAGUGUUUUAUUGUCAUAUGUUCAAGACAGAACAAUGAAAUGCUUACUUGCUGCACACAACGGAAUAUAUGAAAAUAGUACUCUGUAAACAAUAUUUGUUAGGUUAGAAAUGCAGUGCAGAAGGAUGAGGGGUGAUCUAAGAGAGGUUACAUUAUUAUAUCUUAAAUUCCCCUUUACUUUUGAUCCCGUUCUCAACCACAUAAGAUGACGAGAGGAAUAGAUCAGGUAGAUACACAGAGUAUCUUGCCCAGAGGACCAGAGGCCAUAGGUUUAAGGUGAAGUAGAAAAGAUUUAACAGGAAUCUGAGAGGUAACCUUUUCACACAAAGGGUGGUGGGUGUAUGGAACAAGCUGGCGGAGGAGGUAGUUGAGGCUGGGACUAUCCCAACGUUUAAGAAACAGUUAGGCAGGCACAUGGAUAGGACAGGUUUGGAGGGAUAUGGACCAAAUGCGGGCAGGUGGGACUAGUGUAGCUGGGACAUGAUGGCCGAUGUUGGCAAGUUAGGCCGAAGGGCCUGUUUCCACACUGUAUCAUUCUGUGGCUCUAUGACCAACAUAGAUCUCCAGCAGAUGGCAGCAGAUCCUCUCCAUUGCAGCUCAGGUCAGGCUCAGUUUAACAUCAUUAGGCCUGAUCCAGAGUUCUUUUUAUCCCCGAAGAUACUCACAAUUCAUCUGACAUUUUGUGUUCUUCAGAUCUCAUUCUUGAAAGACGUUUUUGAACUCCAAGAUACACAGACUAAUAGUUUUAGUUUUUUACUUUUAAGAGAUGCAGCACAGAAACAGGAUCUUCGGCCCACAGAUCCAUGCCAACCAUCGAUCACCCGCUCACACUAGUUCUAUGUUAUCCCACAGUCUCAUACACUUUCUACACACCAGGGACAAUUUUUUACAGAACCAAAUUAACCUACAAACCCGCAUGUUUUUGGUUUGUGUGACCCUCGACCUUUGAUCAGACUUUACUGGUUUAACCUUGCACUAAACGUUAUUCCCUUACCAUGUAUCUGUCCACUGCGAAUGGCUCGAUUGUAAUCAUGUAUUGUCUUUCCGCUGACUGGUUAGCACGCAACAAGAGCUUUUCACUGUACCUCG